GAGCACAUACAGGCAUCGCACAUACACAGUGGUUAGACAUUAGAAACUAUGGCGUUGUCCAUCUUCCUAUAUCUAUUCAUCUCCACAAUAGUUCUAAUUGUAUCAUUCUACUUGCACAUAAAGUCAAGAGGAUCCAAGAACCCCUUGCUCCCCAUAGAUUGGCCAAUAUUAGGAAUACUCCCUUCAUUCGUAGCCAAUCUCCGCAACUUCCAUGACUACCUCACUGCCGUCCUUGCUGCGUCAGGGUGCAACUUCAAGGUGCAAGCUGGUCCAAGCAGCACGCGAUUCUUCAUGACAAGUGACCCAACAAAUGUUCAGCACAUCUUCACCACAAACCAUGCCAACUACCUAAAGGGAGAGUCGUUCGCUGAAGUCUUCGACAUCGUGAGCGACACACUCUUGACUGUAGAUGGUGAGGCCUGCCGCCAGCAGAGAGCCAAGACCCAGAGCAUCCUGAGCAACCCAGAGAUCAUUUCGGUGAUGGCUUCUUGUUGCCACGGUAAAGUGGCGAAGGGCCUCCUCCCGUUCUUGGCCCGUAUGGCGAGCACAGGGACUCCAUUCGACAUGCAGGAAUUGAUCGGGAGGUUGGUGUUCGACCAGACUGCCACACCUGUCUUCGGCGUGGACCCUGGCUGCUUGUCCCCUGACAUGCCAUCCAUGCAAGUCGCGGAUGCCAUGAACACGGUGAUGGAGGUUGCCUUCUUCCGUCAAACCGUGUCGUCUUCGUUCUGGAAAAUGACGAGAUGGUUAAACGUCGGUCCGGAGAAGAAGCUCGCGGCCGCACAUGCAGUGCUACAUGAAUUUGUCACGGAGAUGAUGGAGAAGAGGAAUACUGCAAGGCAGCUCGGUGAUCAUGGGCAUGUACAUGACAAGGUGAGCUCCAUCGACAUCCUUUCUUACUACAUCACUGAUCCUGGAUGCAGCGAUGUCAUGCUGCGCAAGACGCUUCUCAACUACAUGAUCGGUGGGCGGGACACCAUCGGCACAGCGCUUCCAUGGCUGUUGUACAGCCUCGCAAACAACCCAGGCGUCGUCUCUAGCAUUCGCAAGGAACUAGCGCCAAUCGCCUCUCGCAUCUCGACCACUGAUCCUGGCAAGAUGGUUGUGUUUGAACCAGCAGAGACAAAACCACUGGUUUACCUUCAAGCAGCCUUGUUUGAGUCCCUGAGGUUGUACCCGCCAGGCCCAAUCGAGUGCAAGAAUGCCAUGGGCGAUGACAUUCUGCCAAGCGGUCACCGGGUGCGCCGUGGUGAAGUCAUCCUGGUCUCCAUCUAUGCUAUUGGUAGAAUGGAGAGUGUGUGGGGCAAGGAUUGCCAUGAGUUCAGACCCGAGAGGUGGAUCUCCGAGGAUGGAACCAGGCUACAGUAUGUGCCAUCUUGCAAAUUUUUGGCUUUUAACUCAGGGCCCAGGAUGUGUCUGGGCAAGGACAUCGCGAUCAUGGAGAUGAAGACUAUUGUUGCCGCAGUUUUGUGGAACUUUGAUGUGGAGGUCUUGGAAGGGCAGAGCAUCAGGCCCAAGUUAUCGAUCCUUCUGCAGAUGGAGAACGGACUCAUGGUUACUGUCAAAAAGAGAACAUAACGCAAUAUGCUAUAGAUAAAGCUAUCUGCUAUGCGUUCUCAGUAAAAUAAGGCAGCUGUUCAUUGCAAUCCUCAUAUAUUUUAAAUCAUGCCGUAUCUUAUACUUAUGUAUGUUUUGCCACAUAUAUAUUGUAAUAAGGGUAUCAUGUAUUACUGUUGAAAUGACAAGCACUAAUCUUGAGUCUUAGCAUUA